GAAUAUUGUAUAAAGUGUACUGUAGUCAGAAAUAUAAGGACUGUAUUAAAUAAUGCAGAAACACAAGUUUCAUUAAAAUUAUACGCAUGCUCGUACGGUAUUGCGUACUGUUUAUGUUUAUAGAAGCGUACGACGUACGUGCAGUCGUACCGUGCGUACUCGCAUGCGUGCCGGUGAGCGAUGACGUAACGUGGAAUUUCACCACAGCUGUUGACUGUGUGCAGUGUGCUGUCUGCGGGCGCAACAGGGCAACCGAAUGCGCUGCGGUGUGGGGAAAAGUGCCGAUUCAGGAUGCGCCAGUGCUGCGCAGAUGAUACACAGCGUCGAGUCUACGCAUUUCUCACAAUUUAUUGCCGGAAUUCUUUCGCAGCGAUUGCUUCAUUUGCAUGUUUGCGUAGAGGUGUUGUGAGGUGUACACAGUGUGCAGAUUAGCAGCGUUAACAACAAGUAUUGACUGUGAGUGUUGUUGUUAUUGGCGUCGCGUCGUUACUCGUUAUCAUCGCCCAAGGGAGCCAUUGUGCAAUCCGUAAUCGCCUGCAAUACGCGAACCAGCCAGUCACCAUCGUAUCGGGAUUCAUUUCGCCGACGCUGUUCACUGUUGGGUGCCGCGCCGCGGCCUGCUUCUCCCUCUUCUUCGCACCUUCGAAAUACUGUAAUCAACACACUUUAUCGCCCAGCCUAAUUUCAGCCCGGAUCGGACUUUGCAGCGAGGUCGACGCUCCUGCACUUCACUGAUCACUUGGCGUCCUUUUCGAAAGGCCUUCCACACUGCGAAUCCACUCGGACCCGGUGAAGUCGGUCUCGGAUCUCCCUCUUUAUCUGCAACAGUUUCUUGUACCAAAGGAUAAGAUGCCACUGGAAAGAAGCGCAAAAGCGGUGGGCAGUCUGCUGAACCAGAGCCUGAUCAUCGUGUCCAACCGGCUGCCGGUGUCGGUGAAGAAGGGCGACGACGGCCGGAUGGAGGUGUUCCCCUCGGUGGGCGGCCUGGCCACGGGGCUGUCCUCUUACACGAAGAACGCCGACAACAAGUGGAUCGGCUGGCCCGGCAUCCCCAGCAACGACCUGACCGAGGACGAGAAGCGCUUCAUCAGCGAGGAGCUGCGCCAGCACAACUGCUACCCGGUCUUCUUGACGCAGGACCAACUCAACGACUUCUACAACGGCUACAGCAACAGCAUCCUCUGGCCGCUCUUCCACGACCUCCCCGUCACCGAGGCCGCGAUUCGCGAGCGGGACCGCUUCUGGAACGCCUACCAGCAGGUCAACCGUCUCUUCCUCGAGGUGAUCCUGGCAUUGUCGGGUCCGGAGGACGCGGUGUGGAUCCACGACUACCAGUUGAUGACCCUCCCGGAUAUGCUGCGCCAAGCGCGGCAACUGGUGAACAUCGGCUUCUUCCUGCACAUCCCCUUCCCGGCGGCGCAGAACUUUGCCGACCACCUCAAGUGGGGCGCCGACCUGGUGGCCGGGCUGCUGGGCGCCGAUCUAGUGGGCUUCCACGUGCACUCCUACAUGGACAACUUCAUGGCGGCCGUGGAGUCCUACGGCAUGGGCACCAUUGACAAGGACAACGCGCGCAUCACGCUGCCCGACCGCAUCGUGCAGGUGGCCGAGUUCCCCAUCGGCAUCGACUACAAGCGCUACAUGCGCGCCUCCAAGGACCCCGCCGUGCUGCAGGAACUGGCGCGCCUCAAGGAGAUGUUCCCCACGCAAAAGGUCAUCCUCACCGUCGACCGCCUGGACCCCUCCAAGGGCCUCGUCGAGCGCGCGGCCGCUUAUCAAACACUGCUGCAGGAAUAUCCUAAUUUCCACGGGAAAGUGACGCUGAUGAUGCUGGUCGUGCCGUCGCGCACGGAGAUCGAGGCGUACAAGAAUCUGAAGAGCCGGCUGGAGGAGCUGGUGGAGGACAUCAACAAGACGUUCGGGAACGAGUCGUGGACGCCAGUGGUGUACAUGUACAAGUCGUUGCCCUUCGAGCGCUUGAACGCUUUAUACCAGUUAGCGGACGUGGCGUUCAUUGCGCCGUGGCGCGACGGCAUGAACCUCGUGGCCAAGGAGUACCUGGCCAGCAAGCCCAACAAGGACGGCGUACUGGUGCUCAGCAAGACCGCCGGCGCCGCCGAGGAGCUGACCGACGCCGUCAUCGUCGACCCGGCGCGUCCGGAGACGCUGGUCAGCGGCCUGGUCAGGGCGCUGAAGAUGCCGGCCGAGGAGUUCCGGCGCCGGGCGGGGAGCAUGCAGCAGCAGAUCCAGAACGCCGACAUCCACAACUGGGCCAACAGUUUCAUUAACGCCCUGCACUCGACGGCGGACAACCAGGAGGGCGGCGCACACACCCUGGGCCUGACCGGUCGGCAGGCCGCCAAGCUGAACCGGCGCUUCGGAGCGGCCAGCUCGCAGCUGGUCCUCCUCGACUACGACUGCGUGAUCGCGCCGCUGACCCCCGCCGGGAUGGAGGGCCUCCCCGCCGAGCUGCACGAGAUCCUGAAGGAGCUCUCCGUCCAGGCCGACAUCGUCAUCGUCAGUGGCCAGACGCAGAGCCUCCUGGAGGAGAAACUGGGCGGCUUCGACAACAUCACGUUGGUGGCGGAGCACGGGCUGUUCGAGCGCCUGCCCGGGGAGAAGAGCUGGAAGUCGUACCGCGGCACGGACUGGCAGGCGAAGGUGCUGGAGCACCUGGAGAAGUUCACGGAGAAGGUGCAGGGCGCGGAGCUGGAGAAGAAGGACUGCUCGCUGGUCUGGCACUACGACAAGGCCUCCUCGUACGACGCGCAGAACGCCGUGCUGGAGCUGAAGCGCGUGAUCGGGCCGCUGGCCGGCGUGUGGAAGCUGGACGUCCUGCAAGGGAGCAUGUUCCUGGAGGUGCGUCCCAAGGGGCGCAGCAAGGGCUCCACCGCCAAGGAGAUGGCCGCGCGCAACCAGUACGACUUCGUGCUGGUGGUGGGCGACGACAGCGACGACUGCAGUUUGUUCGUCGACGGCGACUGGCCCGAGGAGGCCGUCACCGUCAAGGUCGGGCCGGGGCGCACCGGUGCGCGACUGCGCGUCUUCCGCCCCGAGGAGGUGCUGGGCCUGCUGCGCUCCUUCAAGGCCUCAGGCAGCGUGCUGGCCGUGUCCGCCUAGUCCGGAGAAGCGGAAUGCGAGUGGAGAAAUGAGCCUCAUGACAGACUGGUCCACGCCUUAUUCGCCGUCUGCGCUGCAAGUCUUUUGCAACUACUCAACGACACUGGACACACACGUCUUGCUCUUGUCAAUCUCCAUGCCAUGUAACGGUAUUUCGCCGGUUGUUUAUUUAUUUGCCUUAUAUAACCAUUAAUAUCUCUUUAUUUAUGAUGGAUUUUUGCUCUUUCAUUAUUGCGCUGUGAGUAUUAAUUGCCGAUUGACUUCACGAAUUAAUUUAUUGACUUGAAGUUAGUAUUGUAACGCUACGACUGCAGUCAUGUUAAUAUUAAUUCUGGAAGAAGCAUUUCAUAGCCAU